GAUGGCGGCACUAUUUGGUCAUUCCCCGCGGCACAAUGUUGAUAGAAAAUUGUCCAAUCAUCAACGUCAACGUCAAAGUGUGGCUCUUCUGGGCAUAUCUCCGGAAACCCAAGUGGUACAGUUAUCUGUUGGGAUGCGUUCCGGUGACGGUGCUGAACGUGUUCCAAUUUAUGAACCUUUUUCACGUGAUUGCGUCUGGCAGCGGCGAUAUGAACAAGAUUAUCAUCGACGGGUACUUUACGGUGCUCUACUUCAAUUUGGUGCUUCGGACAUCCUUCCUAAUGGGGAACCGAGGCAAGUUCGAAACGUUUCUGGAGGGAAUUGCUGAUGAGUACGCCGUUCUGGAGAAGCAAAAUGACAUCCGCCCACUAUUGGAUCAGUUGACCCGUCGAGCAAGGAUUCUGUCCAAAUCGAAUCUUUGGCUGGGAGCGUUUAUCAGUGCCUGCUUCGUUACGUAUCCUCUGUUUUCGCCGGACAGUGGCCUUCCCUACGGAGUUUAUAUUCCCGGGGUCGACGUCCACGCGUCGCCAAUUUACGAAAUUGUGUUCGUGCUACAGAUUUAUCUCACCUUUCCGGCAUGCUGCAUGUACAUCCCAUUCUCUAGCUUCUACUGCACCUGUGCCCUGUUCGGAUUGGUACGAAUCGCAGCACUGAAACGGUCCCUGGAGAAAAUCCACGAGUACAAUACUUCCCCCCGAUCGUUAUUUGCGAGGAUAAAAGAGUGUCUUCAGUAUCACAAGGACAUAAUCAAAUAUGUGAGCGACCUUAACGAACUGGUGACCUAUAUAUUUCUACUGGAGCUGCUUUCGUUCGGGAUGAUGCUGUGCGCCUUGCUCUUCCUGUUGAGCAUCAGCAAUCAGUUGGCCCAGAUGGUAAUGAUUGGUUCGUACAUCUUCAUGAUUCUGUCGCAAAUGUACGCCCUCUAUUGGCACUCGAAUGAGGUACGGGAACAGAGCUUGGAGAUUGGUGACUCUCUGUAUUAUAACAGUGCUUGGCUCGAUUUUGACAACUCGGUGAAAAAGAAGAUUAUCUUGAUGCUUGCACGGGCGCAACGGCCAUUAGCGAUAAAAAUAGGAAACGUCUACCCAAUGACACUGGAAAUGUUUCAAUCGUUGCUAAAUGCGUCGUAUUCGUAUUUUACAUUGCUCCGCAGGGUUUACAAUUGAAUGGUAUUUGUAAGAUUAGAUGGUAUAUAAUUUCCUUCAAAUAGUAAAGAGAAGAUAGAGACGAA